GAUUCCCAUAAAGCACAUGGUCUAAUCUGUUACCUAACAGCAAGACAGCGUCACCUCACCUGUUCUCACCCUCAAAUGGGAACGCUGGCCUGGGACUAAAUCAUAGACCGCCAGGCUGAGUACCCUGACCUGAGUCAUCCCCAGCAAUCAGGAGCCUCCAACAGGGAACCUUCCAUUACACUCUUCAAGCAACUUACAGCUGCACCGACAGUUGCAAUGAAAGUUCUAAUCUCUUCCCUCCUCCUGUUGCUGCCACUAAUGCUGAUGCCCACGGUCUCUAGCAGCCUGAAUCCAGGGGUCGCCAGAGGCCAUAGGGACCGAGGCCAGGCUUCUAGGAGAUGGCUCCAGGAAGAUGGCCAAGAAUGUGAGUGCAAAGAUUGGUUCCUGAGAGCCCCGAGAAGAAAACUCAUGACAGUGUCUGGGCUGCCAAAGAAGCAGUGCCCCUGUGAUCAUUUCAAGGGCAAUGUGAAGAAAACAAGACACCAAAGGCACCACAGAAAGCCAAACAAGCAUUCCAGAGCCUGCCAGCAAUUUCUCAAACAAUGUCAGCUAAGAAGCUUUGCUCUGCCUUUGUAGGAGCUCUGAGCGCCCACUCUUCCAAUUAAACAUUCUCAGCCAAGAAGACAGUGGGCACACCUACCAGACACUCUUCUUCUCCCACCUCACUCUCCCACUGUACCCACCCCUAAAUCAUUCCAGUGCUCUCAAAAAGCAUGUUUCUCAAGAUCAUUUUGAUUGUUGCUCUCUCUAGUGCCUUCUUCUCUCCUCAGUCUUAUCCUGUGCCCUCCCCUUACCCAGGCUUAGGCUUAAUUAUCUGAAAGAUUCCAGGAAACUGUAGCUUCCUAGCUGGUGUCAUUUAACCUUAAAUACAAUCAGGAAAGUAGCAAACAGAAGUCAAUAAAUAUUUUUAAAUGU